CACUCUGUGACACUGAGAAAAGAUCUCGACUUUGAGAGAGUUUCUGGCAUAUUCCUGCAUUUUUGAAGGUCCGGACUUCAGACGAAUACGGGGGCCCGUGAUUUACAUCCAUUGCCCCUGCGUUCUUCCCAUUACGACGAUUCGGAUUCCACUUGGAAAGUGGACAGUGUGACUGGGAGUGAGUCCCCCGUGUUUGACUGAAAACUCGAAACUCUCUUGAGCUCCGAGAGCCAUGGAAGGUGACAACACCGUGAAGUAUGGCAUCAUCGGAGUAGGGAUGAUGGGCAGGGAGCACCUGAUCAACCUGCACCAUCUUCAACCCUUUGGCGUCCAAGUUGUCGCCAUAGCCGACCCUCAUGUCCCUUCUCAGCAGCUGGCUCUCGAUCUCUCUGCUUCUUUUGGUUGGCCAUUGGAGGUUUUCUCAGGACAUAAAGAGCUGCUAGACAGUGGGCUCUGCGAUGUGCUGGUUGUAUCUUCUCCAAACAUGACCCACUAUCAGAUCCUUAUCGACAUCAUCAACCACCCAAAGGCACAUCACGUUCUUGUGGAGAAGCCACUAUGCACCACGGUUGCUCAUUGCCGGGAGGUGGUGGAAGCUGCCAAGGGAAGGCCAGAGAUGCUGGUGCAAGUUGGUUUGGAAUACCGGUACAUGCCACCUGUUGCUAAACUGAUUGAAAUAGUCAAGGGCGGUGCACUUGGAGAGGUCAAAAUGGUGGCUAUCCGGGAACACCGCUUCCCCUUUCUCGUCAAGGUACACAAUUGGAAUCGGUUCAAUGUGAACACAGGAGGGACUCUGGUGGAGAAAUGCUGCCACUUUUUCGAUCUGAUGAGACUCUUCGCUGGGGCCAAUCCUGUUCGUGUGAUGGCUUCCGGAGCUAUUGAUGUUAAUCACAAAGACGAAUUAUAUGACGGAAAGGUGCCGGAUAUAAUUGACAACGCGUAUGUUAUUGUCGAGUUCGAGAAUGGUUCACGAGGCAUGCUCGACCUUUGCAUGUUUGCUGAAGGCAGCAAAAACGAGCAAGAAAUAGCUGUCGUGGGUGAUAUCGGAAAGGGUGAGGCAUUUGUUCCCGAGAGCAUUGUCCGCUUUGGCUCUCGAAAUGCUGGCAGGGAGGGUGUCCAAACAUUAACGGCGGCAGAUGACCGGAUAAAAUAUGACGGCCUGCAUCACGGAUCAAGCUACCUGGAGCACCUGAACUUCUUGGAUGCAGUUAGGGCUAAAGGCAUACGUGCACCCGCCGUAGAUUUGCAAGAUGGGCUGAUCUCAGUGGCCAUUGGAGUUGCAGCACAGCUUUCUAUAGAGAAGGGCCGGUUCGUUAAGAUCGCGGAAGUCAUUGAUGAAUUCUAAAUGUGCCUUCGGGGCCCUGAUAUAACGAGUUUCUGAAGCAACAUUCUAGCACUGUGAGCUAGCUUCAGCUUUUAUUGUAUCUCAGCCACACAAAAAUUGAGUAUGGAUCCCUUUCAAACA